AUGUCUGCUAUCCAGAGCCUCCACUCUUUCGACCCCUUUGCUGAUGCAAAUAAAGGUGAUUAUCUGCUUCCUCCUGGCACGGGGGCUUAUUUCCAUAUAAGAAUUCGACAGAGAAAUGGCAGGAAGACCCUUACUACUAUCCAAGAGAUGGCUGGUGGUUAUGAUAAAAAGAAACCAACGAAGGUGUAUAAGAAGAAAUUUGCCCGCAAUGGUACUAUAGUAGAGCAUCCAGAAUAUGGAGAAGUAAUUCAGAUACAGGGUGAGCAGCACAAGAACAUAACCCAGUUCCUGGUAGAGACUGGACUGGCUAAGGAUGACCAGCUGAAGGUUCAUGGGUUUUAAGUGCUUUUGGCUCACCAAAGCUUAAGAGAGGAUUUCCUUACAAUGAGUAAAAUUUCCCUUCUGUCCCUUGUCACAAGUUUAAAAAACUUCACAGCUUGUAUAAUGUAACCUUUUGGGGUCUGCUUUUAACUUGGACUAGUGUAACUUUUUCAUGCAAUAAA